UGCCGGAUACGUCAUCAAUGUUAGAGUUGGCAAGAUUGACGUGGCAAAAGUGACAUAAAAUCCACGUUUCUGACAACGACGCCUGUAGCUGACAGAAAAGGAAGAUAUACUAUUGUUUAUUUUCCACGUGUGACAUUUUUUGAGACGUUUGGAAUACCGUAUCUUCAACAACAUGGGCUUGACAAUAAGCAGUGUAUUCAACCGAUUGUUUGGGAAUAAACAAAUGAGAAUCCUCAUGGUUGGUUUGGAUGCUGCUGGUAAAACCACAAUCCUCUACAAGUUAAAGCUGGGAGAAAUUGUAACAACAAUUCCAACAAUUGGGUUCAAUGUAGAAACAGUAGAAUACAAAAACAUCAGCUUCACAGUGUGGGAUGUUGGCGGUCAGGACAAGAUCAGGCCUCUGUGGAGACAUUACUACCAGAAUACACAGGGUUUGAUAUUUGUGGUGGACAGUAACGACCGAGAAAGAAUAGAAGAAGCCAAAGAUGAACUCACUAAAAUACUUCAGGAGGAUGAGCUGAAAGGUGCUUUUCUCCUUGUAUUUUGUAACAAGCAAGAUCUACCUAAUGCAUUGAGUAUUUCGGAAAUCACAGAAAAAUUGGGCUUAAACAACUUUAGAGAUACGAAGUGGUAUGCACAGAGCGCAGUGGCGACCGCUGGAACAGGAUUGUAUGAAGGCUUGGAUUGGUUAUCAGCUGAACUUUCCAAGUCCAAGUCAUGAACUCUUCCAUAACACUUGUAAAACAGCUUCUCUCAACACAAAGGUCUUUGUCAUAAAAAAAAAUACAACACAGAAGAACUCGAUGGAACAAGGUUCAUAUUUAGCAAGUUCUAGUCAUGUUAAUCACAGAUAGUCAGAAUAUCUGUUAAAUGUAGCGAUUACGAUCAAUAUACGCAUGCUCCAAAUAUUAAGUUGUACAUGGUGUAUUACUUGAAACUAUAUAAACAUUUAGGAAAUAAAAACUUUAUUUUUUAUGCCAGCAUCAAUAGACGGGACCUUGCUUAAAACAAUUUUCAAGACUUUGCAGUGAUAUAUAUUUUGUUGAAAUGGAUCACUUUAGAAUAAGUAUCAGUUUAUGAUUAACGGAUUAAACACAGAAAGUGCCAUUGUUAAAAAUACACUAGUUGUAAUUUCGAUAGGAAAUGAUCUCCCUUUUAGUACAGUGUUUUGACUAUGAUCUUGCUGAAAUCCUCCAAUCAACUGCAUAUGGUUUGUGCAUUACUGAACUAUAGGUUUUAUUCAGCAUUAGAAUAUAUAGGAGAUUUAUCUAGGGGAAGGGUUCAUAAAGUAAUCAGUAAAAAAACCCAGAGAGAGCCGUUAUUAAAAACCAGUAUCCUGUAUAUAAAUUAUACGCAAUAUUUUUAAUAUUACACAUACAUCAGUGGGCAGAAACAACAUGGCUGUUAUUGAUUUACAACAUUGCAUCAGUUGUAACUAAAUGACCGAUAUUGGUUUACGACAGUUUGACAGUAUGAUCGUUAUUAAUUUACAACACCUGUUGUGAUCCCGUAAUUUACCAUAUACACAGGUAUAAUAUCAGGAUAUCUUUGUAUAACAUUUUUUUAUCACUUUGUGCGAAUUAAAAGGUGUCUGUCACCAGAUUGGUGUUUCACAAUUUGUGAUCUACUGCCAUAUUUGAAUGUCAGAAGGGACAGUGGUCAGAAUGGACCUGACUGACACAUACAGAAGAUGCCGUAUAUGGACACGUGUUGUUUACAUGACCAAUGUCUUGUUGUGCAUGCUCCUUCUAGACGGUACAUGAAAUACUUCAUUUGAUGAUAUAAAACAUAGCUGGGAUGAAAGGUUAUAAGAAUUUGGGAGCUUUUGUAUAAAUGUAUUUAAAAUAUGUGAAAUAGUGUGUAUAUAUGAAAAUUACAUGAGUGAAAGAAAGCUGAGGUUUUCCAUUUAGAAAGUUUGACUUAUCAUGCAUUUCUUUUGUUUCUUAUACUUAUUCCUUUUAAAUGUAUUUUGUGUCCAAUUGUAGGAUUUAAUCUGUGUAUUGCUGCCAUUUAUCGGAUUAAAGUGAUAUUGUGGUGAGAGGGGGAAAAGGGGGAUAACCAGUAUUGUGAUGUAGUUUUUGUGGAAUCUGUUUUUAUCAGUUUGUUCUUGGAAAGAAUGAGGGGUUUUAAUUUUGUGAAGCACUGUUUCAUAUUCAAUAUACCGGGUAGUAGUCCAUACCAAUUCUCUAUAUCAGAAAGCUAGUGGAUUUAAAGCCAGUGGAUUUAAAUGUGUAAUUGUCCAAUUUCACUAAGAAGAUGUGUUGUUGCCAAAACAGGACACAGAUAUGUUUAUAACGUAACUUCCAGAAUCCAGCCAAAGGGGUCAGAUGUCCAAAUAACAGGAAAUAUUGUCUUUACAGGUAGAAUGUCUAUCCCCAAAGGAUUUCCUGGGUAUGGUCUGUCCCAUAAAAGUCUGGAUAGGUACAGAAUGUGAUUUCCUGGGUAUGGUCUGUCCCAUAAAAGUCUGGAUAGGUACAGAAUGUGAUUUCCUGGGUAUGGUCUGUCCCAUAAAAGUCUGGAUAGGUACAGAAUGUGAUUUCCUGGGUAUGGUCUGUCCCAUAAAAGUCUGGAUAGGUACAGAAUGUGAUUUCCUGGGUAUGGUCUGUCCCAUAAAAGUCUGGAUAGGUACAGAAUGUUCCAUAAAUGUCAGUCUAGCUGGCCCUAGCCUGUUCCAUAAAAGUACAGUCUGUUUAGAAAAAGACUAGUUUGAAAUCUGUUCCAUAAAAAGCUAGCUGGAUAUUACUACUUUUUGUACUAUUAUGUACUUAGCUGUGUGAUUGAAGUACAAAUGUACAUUAUCAAUAUGUAUUCACAUUGUAUGUUGAAUUCUGUGAGAAUGUUUCACUUCACUUAAGAUCUACCGGAAUUACUAUCUUUGUUUUGACACCGUUAUGUAUAAAAUCAGAAAAAAGAGUGAGAUGGUGUGAACUAAAAGACCAACUAUGGUGUUUCAGAAAAUAUGUACAUAUAAAAGGUGAUUAGAUACGAAAUACUGGUAGAUUAAUUUUAGUUGUUGCCAUUUGAAAAAUAAUGGUUGAACAUUGAGGGGUCAAAAUCACAUUAUUUUACCAAUAUUUAGAUGUUGGUCCUACAUUGUAUUCAUCAAUGUGAUAACUGUACAAUUUGCCAUUCAUGAAUAAAAGUGUGAGUGAACACAU